GAGUCAGCGCGUACAGAGACAGGAUGUAAAACAUAUAUUUUACAGAAACAUUAUCUGCAUAUAUUUGUAUACAAAGGUUUGUAUGUAGAAUAUGAAACGUUAAAAGGUUUAUAGCUGAUUUAAUGCGGUGUGGAAUUCUAAUUUGAGAUGACUCUUUAUUAAUGGAAAACGCUGUGAUGAACAUAUAGUACAAAUAUCACCCCGACAGCAUCGACAGUGAUGAGAACAGUUCACUUCUUCAUUCUCUGGAUUCUUCCAGGUGUAUAACAAAUUCGUCUGACAUUCCACAUCAAACCAAGGUGAUUCAUUAGAUGAGAAAACUUCUGGAUCUGUGACAUAUAACUGAAAUGUCCGAUCAGGAUGAGCUGUACGAGAAGUCUUGGAUUCUAUAUCACAUCUUAGACAGAUUUAUAGGGAACCGUGAGAAAGUGGCUGCCUUGAGGAGACUGACAGUUAUUCAGGAUAAACUAGGACGUUUUACAGAAAAUGCACCAUGUGAAUGCGAACCGUUUACUACGGGAAGCUUGUCAGAAGGAAUACGCUUUAAGGGGUCAGAUGUAGACACUAUGUAUAUAGACAAAUAUGCGAUAGUUAUGUGUCCAGAUAAGGACAUCAGUAGUGAAAUUGACCGCACAAAUAAAUCAGUUUUGAUGAUGAGAGAGGCUGGAGGCCGACCUGGUUAUGUGCACCUGGAACUACUUCAACGGGGACAGAAAAUUCAUCCACGCUUAUGGAAAUCCCUUGUUCCAGUAGGGGAUGUAUUUUUCGUAUCAAGUGAAAUAUACAGACAAGAAUUUUCUUGUACAAUGAAUCAGCCAAAUAUGGAAAUUCAUGGCCCAGCAAUUACAAUAAAGGGGUCAGAAGUUACAAAUUUCAUAGAUUUAGAUAAGGUUAGUUCCUUUCCUUGUUAUAAUUGGCCAAGUGAAGCUAAUGAGUGGGUGGGUAGACCACGCAACUGGCCAGAUAAAGCUUUGAGAGAUCAGAUAAUAAAUGGUGGUUGUCAGCUAGUCCCGGUAGGGGAUAAAACGUCUGCUGACCCGUUCCUACAGUGGAGGAUAUCCUUCGUGAGUGCGGAAAGGAAACUCAUUCAUUCUUUAACUCAUGUCCAGUUUUUGGUAUAUGGACUUCUUAAGUACUUCCUGAAACAGAUAUCUGGAACGUUGGAACAAAUGUUAGGUGCUGCAGAUAUUCUGUCUUCCUAUAUUAUGAAAACAAUUGUAUUCUAUGCUGUAGAAAGCACAACUGAAUCCUUUUGGCAGGAAAAACAUACGUUUCUCUGUUUCAUGUUUUGUUUGAAGAUUUUAGUCAUUUGGGUAAAAGUAGGACAUUGUCCGAACUACUUCAUUAAGAACAACAAUAUGUUCCUUGGCAAAGUUCAUGGUGAAAAUCAACGGAAACUUCUGUAUUUUCUCACUUACCUCCAUCACAUGAAUUGGGGAUGUCUCUCAUUUGGAACAUUUAUACAACCAUCCAUAGGAGAGCGUAUCCGUAAUGUAAGGAAAGGAGAAUUGGAAUAUGUACUACCUCAACCAACUAAGUCAGAAUGUGGUCGUGAUAUGUAUGUUUUCCACAGAGCAUUCAUUUUAAGGUUUAGUUCUGGUAAACUUCCUUUGUUGUUGAAACUCCUUUCAGGAUCAAAGUCGGAAAUUGAUGAAUUCAUAGCCUACUUGGCAACAAUUCAAGCAAUAUCUAAUACAGGGAUGGAAACAUUCAGUGAACACAUCACCGCAAGAGGAAAUAAAGCGAAGUACAAAUAUCUCAGGAAAUGCAAAAACUUAUUGAAACCGUUUGCAACAACGCCUACAAGUCCAGGACUACUAACAUUUUACUACCAGACUGGGAAUUACAUGAAAACAUUAGAAAUGUGUGGCCACAUGAUCUCUUCAUCCAAAAUGUGUCUUGAUCGUUCAGACUUUAAUCGUGUGAAAAUGUAUGAAAAGCUUUAUUGUGGACGUGGAUACAACUUUCUGCAAAAAUGCCAGGCAUUUGUAUCAGAUAUCAUAAUACCAAAAGAAGCUCCCAAGUUCUGUCCGUCCCAUUUACACACAGAGAUUAAAAAAGCUAAACAGGGAGGUUCCAUUCGAAUCCCUCCACUCCACUACGCCGUGUUCCUGUCUUUCCUUUGUUACCAUGAACUUGGAGACACAAGGAGACGUGACAAAUCCUUGAUUGACCUUCGGUACCUGACGUCUGAAGUAAGUAGUAGGCCAAGGAAGUGGAUAGUCCACAAUCUCCUGGGGAUGUGCUAUGAAAUGGUUGGGGACGCACGUAGUGCUAUCAGGGAAUACACGGAAUCUCUUCAAAGUAAAGGACUUGAUCAACAUCAGAACGCUGCCAAGGAGAGGAUAGAACGUUUACAGCACUCACGCAUAUAAACAUUACUAAUAUAAUACUCCUACACAAAGGAUCUGAACAUAACACUUUACUAACGUUUAAGUGAUACUGAACCAGCCACACCAAGUAAACAUUAUCGCAUUUAAAACUCUGUUGGAUGUCAAGAUACUUAACAUCCGUAUUGUGAUAUAUUAAUAUCGGUGAACGUCCAGUUCCUAGAACGAUGAACGCGAUUUCCUAAGGAAUUGCAGUGGUGAGUUUGACAUUCAUCAACUCCCCUCUGUUAUUGGAAUUAAAGAAAACUAUUUAGUUCCUAGACCUGUCUUAACAUUAGUUUUGCAUUCCCACGAACAAAACGGUUCAUGAUCCUGUUAUAUUUUUAAAAAUCAGGCAACAUGACUAGGAAAUUCCACAUCCCGGGACACGUCUAGGCUUUUUGUACUGACUGUUUUUUAAUUUUUUAAUUACUGAUUAACAAUCAUUGUUUGCAGGCUACUUUAGCAAGGUGUAAUUUAAAUAUAGUCGUAGGUUGGUGACCGACUUCAGUGUUGACGAGGAAUGUAAUAGUCACCUACAGUCUGUAACAGAACUUGUUGUUUUGAUAUUAUGAGUAGUGAUUCUGUAUUGGGUAGUUAUUGGAUAACUUGAUAACUCAUACUUGUGUGUCGUAUGUUUAGGGGAUAACCCUACUGUAUUUUGAAAUUUGCGAUUGUAUAUCGUGAUUAUACUGACGCAAAUUGAGUACCGUAUAUUGGAAAACUUCGCCGCAGUUAAACUUUCGCCCCUUUCGCCUUCCAAUCUGAGGGCGAAUUUAAUAUGACGGCGAAAUUUUAAAAACAAUUACGUAUGCGACGGCACAUGUUUUGUCACUAUUUCGUCUACACUGAGGCUUAACUUAGGUACCGUAUGUUAUGCAAUUUGGGUCCAGUGUGUGUGAUGCAACCUUGUGUUUCAUAAUAAAGGACUGACAAUCUGGUUUUUUUUUUUUUAAUAUUUCAAAAAUACUUCAUUUAGUUACAAACAUUUGC